AUGGAUGAGUCUGUCAAUCAUACUCCUCGAGAUAUCAAAGCUAUUCCGAGUACUCCUCCUGGCGAAGACUACGAAACUAUCGCCACUCUUCCAACGACAACCCCAUCGCAAAGAUUGACACAACCAACACAACUACUUGAACAUCCUUACCCGCGCCAUAACAAUACUGUCAUACAAGUUGCUGCAUCUUCACCAUUAGGCCCAGGGCCUUCGCCUCCCCGCCGAGUCCAAGGCGGUUUACUUUCAUCUUUAAUCGCUCCUUCUGGGACGCAAUUCCGACCUCCUGCCUGUGGUCCUACCAAACGAACACCCCAGUUUGAUCUCGACGACGGACCGACAUACCGAGGUGGCUCCUCAGACGAAGAGUAUCACCUACAGAGUACAGACAUCAAACCGUCUAUGUUUGCCAAAACAAUUCGAAGUCCCGAAAAAGAAAAGAUCAUGGAGUCGCCCGUCCGCCCUGACGCCGGGCCAAUGGAUCGGUUCCGAGAAAUUACGACGUCUGCUAUGUACGAUCCGAAGAAUACUGGAACCGCAACCAAGCGGACUGCGGACCAAAUGAGUCCGCCGGCACCCAAGGGAGUUGCCAUGAAAAAAUCUCGUCAAGAGGCGCCCUCUCGUGCACAACCUGUGGGAACUCCAGACAUCCUGCUUCAUGAAAUCAACGACUUCAGACUCCGCGUUAAAGUUGAGCGCAUUCUCAAAGUUAUGCCACAUAUGACUGUUCGAACUUGUAUGGAAGCGAUGUUGAAAGCAAAGGGCAACUACGACGAUGCGCUCCAAAUCCUUGCCAACAUGGAUGCCGCCGACCAGGAAAAUGGACCCGUGGUGAUUGCAUCCUCCGAUGAUGAAUUGAGCGCCUCCCCGGCUGCGGGCCCGGUUCCCAUGGCCAAGCAGAACAUCAAAGCCCGUGGCACCAUUCAGGACAAGUGGGCGGCAAUGAAACAGCCCAAGGGCCAGGAUUCCGAUGACGAAGGAAAGCCUCGUCGCCGACUCAUUCGUGGACCCAAGUCUGACGCCUCUUCCCGUGCUGUUUCUCCUGUUCGUGCUAUCACAAUCGACGAUGACAGUCCCCCGAAAAAGAAGUUGGGACGGCUUCAGAAGGGUCGCAGAGCCCCUUCGCCUGACCGAUCCGAGUCCCCCGAAGCUAUGAUGAGUGAUUCAGACGAUUCAAACGUCCAGGUCCAAGAAUCCACCGCUGGCGGUUUGGAUUUCAAGGUUUUGAAAUUCUUCAACACAUGUCGUGUUCAGGAUCUCGCUGAUAUCGCCUCUAUCCCCGAAGAAACUGCUCAACUCAUCAUUUCAAACCGUCCAUACGAGACCCUCGAUGAGGUGCGCGUUGUCUCUGCCCCAGUUGUAGAGACUGCGAAACCCAAGGGCAAGAGAGGAGGCAAGGCCCCUAAGCCCAUUGGAGACAAGAUUGUCGACAAGUGUGUUGAUAUGUGGACCGGAUAUCUGGCCAUUGACAGUCUUGUUGGCCAGGUUGAGGAACUCGGCAAGCCAGUCGCUGAAGAGAUGAAGAAAUGGGGCGUCGACACCUUCGGGAAAAAGGGCGACUUGGAAAUUACCAACCUGGCUCCUUCCAAAUCAGAACAUGAUUCUGGUAUUGCCACUCCCGCAUCUGGACGACAACCUUCCGACAGCGAUGAAGAAAGCGGCAAACUGGUCGUUUCGAAGCGCAAAUCUCGUUUUAUCUCACAGCCCUCUAUCAUGGCCGACGACCUGGUGAUGAAGGAUUACCAAAUUGUGGGAAUCAACUGGCUGGCAUUAUUGUUUGAAAAGAAACUCAGCUGCAUUCUAGCUGAUGACAUGGGCCUGGGUAAGACUUGCCAGGUCAUUGCAUUCCUCGCGCAUCUGUUCGAGAAGGGCAUCAAGGGCCCUCACCUGAUUGUUGUCCCAUCUUCCACCAUUGAGAACUGGCUUCGCGAGUUCCAGAAGUUUUGUCCGGUCUUGAACGUCAUGCCCUACUAUGCUGGUCUCAACGAGCGUGCUCUCAUCCGCGAGGAGAUCGAAGAACGACCUUGA